CAGUAGUACCUGGUAAGCAGUGCAAGCUUAACUUGGAACCGCAGAUACUCGGUUUAGAACGCGGCCACGGGUAGUACAGAGAGAGAGAGAUUCAAUCAGACUCUUAAAAGAUCAGAUGCGCCCGUCAUGAAGCGACAAAAUCGUGUCUAAAUGGCGAUCCUGCUGCCUUUUCACGCUUAUGCCCGACCAACCAGCUCUGUUGCCGCCGCUUGCCACACGUCAUGUGCUCCUGCUCUCUCUGCACCUACUUUCAGCCAGAGCCCAAGCGAUUGAUGCCUCCCGAGAAAGCGGUCCGCGGUGUCGCUGCGACUUCUCUGCCUUUGAUUACUUGCUUCCCGUCACGCGCACUCCGUUGAUGACAUAUAUACAUAUAUAUAUAUCUACCCGAGUACACUAUUUCUAUCAUCGCGUUCUCAUCGGACACUUCUCCGUUCUACCUGCCUCGGUCUUUUUUACAUUGCCCAAUUUCGAUCCCUCAAUUCUCCUGCUGGUCGUGCUUGGGAUCUCCUCAAUCUCCGUUUCGCUUUUUCCCAACUCUAAAGACCUGCCGCCUUCUGCUUGCACUGCCCUUUCACGUCUUUGGUCUUCAGGUCUCGUCGUUUUCCCGAUAUCCUUUUGCCUCGGCCAUCAGCGCCUCUACGGAGAUCUGCUGCAGGUAUCCGCUGCACUCCCUGCGUGGCUCGACACACGCCAGGUUGUGCAGUGCCAUGUGUGUUUCGGCCUUCUUACAGAGUGCCUCAGCGGCUUCUGUAAGCCUUAAUGUCACGAGGCGAAUCCCCUUGAGGUAAUGAUCGGGUACAAAACCAUUCGAGCGUCAAGUCUUCGUCUAGAUACCGCUCCCUGUCGAACAGGCUCAGCAUUUAGAUGAGCAGAAUCAU